ACCAUCGCUUCCAACGUGGAAGCACGAAAACCACUGAAAAAAGUGAAAGGAUCACCCUGUGCAUUGCGAAGGAACUGGAAAAGUCCAAAACUUUGCUACUCCCAUUCGCAAUCUCGGCCUCACUCGCGUUCUCGUACUCAGGAUGAAGCAUCCCUUUGCUUGUUCAGCAUCGUCGCAGCCUCUGACAAUCCUCCUCGUCGCACUCAGUCUGUUCAGAGUUGCCGUGAGCGAAGAUGGGUUUUGCGCUGUGCCUUCAAUCGUCAAAGGAACUCCGAACUCGGAGUCGAGGCCCUUGUACUGGAAAGUCACGAAUCCUACACUGGCCCCUUCUCACCUUCAAGAUUUGCCGGGAUUCACCAGAAGUGUUUACAGAACAGACCAUGCUUUAAUAACACCAGAAAGUCAAGUAUUCAGCCCUCUACCUGAUUGGACUAACACAUUGGCAGCAUACUUGAUAACACCGGCAAUGGGUUCACAUUUCGUCAUGUAUCUAGCGAAAAUGCAAGAAAAUUCAAGAUCAGGACUUCCUCCGAGUGACAUAGAAAGGUUCAUAUGCGUGGUGCAGGGUACGGUCUCUCUCGCUAUGUCCAGCAAGAGCCAACGGCUGAUGGUUGAUUCAUAUGCUUAUCUCUCUCCAAAUGUUGAACAUUCUCUCAGUGCCGAUGCCCCUGCUACUCUGGUGGUCAUUGAAAGAAGAUAUGCCUCUCUGGACGGUCAUGUUGCUGAGGUGAUUGUUGGUUCAACAGACAAGCAGCCACUUCUGGAAACUCCAGGAGAGGUUUUUGAACUUAGGAAGCUUCUUCCUACCUCCGUUGCUUAUGACUUCAAUAUUCACAUCAUGGAUUUUCAACCUGGUGAAUUCCUUAAUGUCAAGGAGGUCCACUACAAUCAACAUGGUUUGCUGCUUUUGGAGGGACAGGGCAUUUAUCGUUUAGGCAAUAGCUGGUACCCAGUUCAAGCAGGUGAUGCCAUUUGGAUGGCGCCAUUUGUGCCUCAGUGGUACGCUGCGCUUGGUAAAACCAGGAGUCGGUAUCUUCUGUACAAAGAUGUCAACAGAAAUCCUCUCUAGGUGCAUCAUUCUUGUGGCAUUGAGUUCUCGCAAUGUGUGCGAGACUAAAGAGAUGUGCUUUUUAUGAAGCAAUGGACUAGUCCAUCAGUAUGGAAUUCAUGUGGAUGGUACAGCACUAAUCAAUUGUAUGGUAUGCAUCUUUGUGUACAAAUCGAGUUCUGUCGGCAUUUUCCUUGCACAUUAUUGCAUUCAGCAUAUCAAAACUCUUUAUGGAUCCAAUGGAAGUGGGUAAGUUGCAGAAA